CCCCUCCCCGGACUCGAGCUCACUGGAGGUGUGUGUGCGAGUGAGAGUGUGAGUGUGCGUGAGCGCAGUGCGUGGAUCAGCAUGGAGACUCCACACGCCAACUUUGAGGGGGGAAACUGGAUUUAAUUCGUUCGCCGUGGAGGAGCAGCACCGAGGAGCGAUGAAGCGGGAUUUGUUGCUCUUUGUUUUCGGGUGGUUCAAACUCCCGUGGCUCGUGGAUUGUUUCGUGGUGCAUGUGAGUGAGGAUGCGGGACCGGGCACCGCGAUCGCCGAUCUGGAGAGAAGAAGCGCCGCUUGCGCACUGGAGCAGCUCAUCCUGCCGCGCUUCGCCGAGAGUUUCCUGCGCCCGGAUGCGGGCGUGCUGACUCUUUCGGACGCUUUGAACUGUGACUCGGUUCUUUUGAACCCGUUCAGCGUGUACGCGGUCGUGGACUGUGCGGAUAACGCGUCGGGUUUCAGACACCUUGUAACCAGUCAGUAUGAUGUGCACGUUCACGGGAAGAACUGCGUAAGAGAACGCAAGCGUGAAGAAAAGCUGGAUGUGGAGAUUAUAAGUUUAACAGACACUUCAAAGUGCCGCGAAGCGGACACUGCUGUUUUCCGGGUGUUUGAUGUGUUACCGGGCAACCCGACGCGCUGUAACGUGACCGGCACUUCAGCGCUUUAUAUCUCCAACGGGCUGCUGUUUACUUCAGCCCCGCUGUGUUUCACUCGCGACUCCUUGCUGGAGUUUCAACUGCGCUGCGUGGGACGCGAAAAGGGCGAUUACGCGCAUGCGCAUUGGCGCGUGGGCCGCGGCCCGUUCACGCAAACACACCUGAGGAAGUUGCUACAGCAGGCCGCGCGAUCAAACUCAGGCCUGCUGAGCAGGAGGAGGAGGAACGUCAACAAUAACCCUCAGUUUCAACCUCCCAUGUAUCAAGUGUCCGUUCCGGAGAAUCAACCAGCCGGGACUUUUGUUGUUGUUUUAAAAGCAGUUGACCCGGAUGAGGGUGAAGCCGGUAGGCUCGAAUAUUUCUUAGAGGCUCUGUUUGAUAGUCGAUCCAACAACCUCUUCACCGUUGACCCAUCAAACGGAGUCGUUUCUACUGUGGAGAUACUAGAUAGAGAAACAAAGGACACGCAUGUGUUUCGGGUCACGGCGGUCGAUCACGGAACGCCACGGCGUACGGCCAUGGCUACUCUGACGGUAACGGUCAGCGAUACCAACGAUCACGAUCCUGUCUUUGAGCAGCAGGACUAUAAAGAAAGCGUACGUGAGAAUCUGGAAAUCGGAUAUGAGGUUCUAACCGUGCGCGCGACGGAUGGCGACGCUCCCGUUAACGGAAACAUCCUUUAUCAUUUGCUGAACAACAACGGAACUAACGACGUGUUUGAGAUCGAUUCCCGCUCUGGCGUUAUUCGCACACGAGGACUGGUUGACCGCGAAACGGUCGAAUCCUACAUCCUGCUCGUUGAAGCCAACGACCAAGGACGCGAUCCUGGUCCUCGCAGCGCGACGGCGACCGUCCACAUUAUCGUAGAGGACGAUAACGACAACGCUCCUCAGUUUAGCGAGAAGCGCUACAUCGUUCAGGUUCCUGAAGACCUGACGCCGAACACUGAAAUCCUGCAGGUGACGGCGACGGAUCAGGACCGUGGAAACAACGCCGUUGUCCAUUUCAGUAUCAUGAGCGGCAACACGCGAGGACAGUUCUACAUCGAUGCCCAAACGGGCAAAUUAGAUCUGGUGAGUCAACUGGAUUACGAGAUGAAUAAAGAGUACACGCUCCGCAUUCGAGCACAAGACGGCGGACGCCCUCCACUUUCCAACAUCAGCGGCCUCGUCACAGUACAAGUACUGGACAUUAACGACAAUGCUCCAAUAUUCGUCAGCACGCCAUUCCAGGCUACGGUGCUCGAGAACGUUCCAGUUGGAUAUUCCGUCAUCCACAUUCAAGCUGUAGACGCCGAUGCUGGCGAUAACUCCCGUUUGGAAUAUCGUCUCACAGAGACGACACCUAACUUCCCGUUCACCAUAAACAACAGCACCGGCUGGAUUGUCGUAGCAUCGGAACUGGACAGAGAAAGCGUAGACUUCUACAGCUUCGGAGUCGAAGCGCGAGAUCACGGAACGCCGUCCAUGUCGUCAUCCGCUAGCAUCAGCAUGACUAUUCUAGAUGUCAACGACAACAACCCUGAGUUCACGCAAAAGGCCUACUACAUGCGGCUGAACGAGGACGCGGCCGUAGGAACGAGCGUCGUCACAGUGUCCGCCAUCGAUCAGGAUAUCAACAGCGUGGUGACGUAUCAGAUCUCGAGCGGGAAUACCAGAAACCGUUUUUCUAUCACCAGCCAGAGCGGCGGAGGCUUGAUAACGCUCGCUCUACCGCUCGACUAUAAGCUGGAAAGACAGUACGUCCUCACCGUCACGGCGUCCGACGGCAUGCGCUUCGACACGGCUAAGGUGUACGUCAACGUCACGGACGCCAACACGCACAGGCCGGUUUUCCAAAGCUCUCAUUAUACGGUCAACAUAAACGAGGACCGGCCUGUUGGGACGACCGUAGUCAUGAUCAGCGCAACGGACGAGGACACGGGCGAGAAUGCACGAAUUACGUACUUUAUGGACGACAGCAUCCCGCAGUUUAACAUCGACUCGGAUAGUGGCGCGGUGACCACGCAAAUGGAGCUGGACUACGAAGACCAAGUUUCCUACACGCUCGCCAUCACGGCACGAGACAACGGCAUCCCGCAGAAAUCCGACACCACCUACUUGGAGAUCUUAGUGAAUGACGUGAACGACAACUCGCCUGUAUUCCUGCGGGAUCGUUACUUGGGAUCAGUCAUGGAGGACAUUCCCACGUUCACCAGCGUUCUGCAAGUGUCCGCGACCGAUCGAGACUCGGGGCUCAACGGACGCAUCUUCUACACCUUCCAAGGUGGAGAAGACGGAGACGGCGACUUCAUUAUCGAGUCCACGUCAGGCAUAGUACGAACCCUGCGACGACUUGACCGUGAAAACACGCCUGUUUAUAACCUCCAAGCUUUUGCGGUGGAUAAAGGCGUUCCGGCGCUCAAAACGCCGGUUGAAAUCCAAGUGACCAUUUUAGACGUGAACGACAACCCGCCUGUGUUCGAGAAGGAUGAGUUCGAUAUCUUCGUGGAGGAGAACAGUCCCAUCGGGCUCGUGGUGGCCCACAUUUCUGCGUCAGACCCAGACGAAGGCAGCAAUGCUCAAAUCAUGUACCAGAUCGUCGAAGGCAACAUCCCGGAGGUCUUCCAACUGGACAUCUUCUCCGGCGAGCUCACCGCUUUGACCGACCUCGACUACGAGACGCGUUCGGAGUACGUCAUCGUGGUCCAGGCCACGUCCGCGCCUCUGGUCAGCAGAGCCACGGUCCACAUCAAACUUAUUGAUAAGAACGACAAUGUCCCCGUCCUUAAGAACUUCCAGAUUAUUUUUAACAACUACGUAACCGACAAGACCAACAGCUUUCCCUCGGGUGUUAUCGGCCGGAUCCCGGCUCACGACCCGGACGUCUCCGAUCAGCUCCACUACAGCUUCGAGGCUGGAAACGAGCUGAAUUUGGUGUUUCUGAACCAGAGCACCGGAGAGAUCCGACUCAGCCGAGCCCUGGACAACAACAGACCGCUGGAGGCGUCCAUGAAGAUCUCCGUCUCGGAUGGCGUUCACUCGGUGUCGGCUCAGUGUCUGCUGCAGGUCACCAUCAUCACGGACGAGAUGCUCUCCAACAGCAUCACGCUGCGAUUGGCCAACACGUCGCAGGAGCGCUUCCUCUCGCUCCUAUUGGCUCAGUUCCUGGAGGGCGUGGCCCGCGUCCUCUCGGCGUCCCGCGAGGACGUGGUGGUCUUCAACAUCCAGGACGACACGGACGUCAACGCCGGCAUCCUGAACGUCAGCCUGUCGGUGGCCGUGCCGGGCGAGGGCUCGCGGGGUCGCGGGGUCAGUCCGGCCCGUCUGGGUCGCAGCAGCGGAGGCGAGGUGGAGUUCUUGGGGUCGGAGGAGCUGCAGGAGCGCCUGUACCUGAACCGCAGCCUGCUGGCGCAGAUCUCCUCGCAGGAGGUGCUCCCGUUCGACGACAACAUCUGCCUGCGCGAGCCGUGCGAGAACUACAUGAAGUGCGUGUCCGUGCUGAAGUUCGACAGCCUGGCGCCGUUCGUGGCGUCCGACACCAUCCUGUUCCGGCCCAUCCACCCCAUCGCCGGGCUGCGCUGCCGCUGUCCGCUGGGCUUCACGGGCGACUACUGCGAGACCGAGAUCGACCUGUGCUACUCCAAACCCUGCGGUGCUCACGGCGUCUGCCGCAGCCACGAGGGCGGAUUCACCUGCGAGUGUCUCCACGACUACACAGGUGACCGAUGCGAGAUCUCCUCGCGUUCCGGCCGCUGCGCCGAGGGCGUGUGUAAGAACGGCGGGACGUGUCUCAAUCUCCUGGUGGGCGGCUUCAGGUGCGAGUGUCCGCCCGGAGGCUUCGAGAAGCCCUUCUGCCACAUGAGCUCCAGGAACUUCCCUCCGCAGACCUUCAUCACCUUCAAGGGCCUCCGUCAGCGCUUCCACUUCACGCUCUCGCUGUCGUUUGCGACUCGAGAGCCUGACGGUCUGCUGCUGUAUAACGGACGCUUCAACCAGAAGCACGACUUCAUCGCUCUGGAGAUCGUUAACGAGCAGAUCCAGCUCACGUUCUCCGCAGGAGAAACACAGACGACGGUGUCGCCCUUCGUCGCGGGCGGAGUGAGCGACGGGCGCUGGCAUACGGCACACGUGCACUACUACAACAAGCCUGUCCUGAACCGCGCCGGUCUCCCUCAGGGCCCGUCCGAUCAGAAGGUCGUCGUGGUGACGGUGGACGACUGCGACUCGUCGGUGGCGCUGCGCUUCGGUCACGUGAUCGGAAACUACUCGUGCUCCGCCCAGGGCAGCCAAUCAGGAUCCAAGAAGUCUCUGGAUCUGACGGGGCCGCUGCUGCUGGGCGGCGUUCCGAAACUUCCCGAGGAGUUUCCCGUCCGGAACCGGCAGUUUGUCGGCUGCAUGAAGGACCUGCGCAUCGACCAGCGCCACAUCGACAUGGCUGGAUUCAUCGCUAAUAAUGGAACGCUAGCUGGAUGCUCUGCAAAGCGUCAUUUCUGCAGCACUAACCCGUGUCUGAACGGCGGCAGCUGUGUGAACCUGUGGGGUUCGUUCCGAUGCGACUGUCCGUUGGGAUUCGGAGGUCGAAACUGCGAGAAAGCGAUGCCCAACGCGCUGCGUUUCCAGGGUAAUGGUUUGUUGUCGUGGCGGGAUCUGGCUGUCGUGGUAACGGUUCCGUGGCACCUGGAGUUCAUGUUCCGCACACGGCAGCCAACGGCGACACUGAUACACAUCAGUUCAGCGCAACAACACAACCUCACCAUACAGCUGAGGGAGGGUUACGUGUUGACGUCAGUCCAGCGCGGCGAGGACUCCACCGUGUCUCGUGUUGAUGAUGUCACAGUGUGCGACGGCCAAUGGCAUCACGUGAUGUUGGAGCUCAGAGGCCCCGCGACUGGCAGCAUAACGGCGGCGCUGACCCUCGAUCACGGCCUGUACACGUCGUCUAUGGAUCUGGACUCUAAACUGAAGGGUGUUAAACUGAAGACUGUGAGUGUCGGCGGAAUCACAGACGGAAAGAAUAAUGUCAUCAGUGGAUUCAGAGGAUGUGUUCAGGGUUUGCGUCUGGGAGAAUCCACCUCGGCUCCCGUGUUUCCCAGCAUGCAUCAGGCUCACGUAGUAAACGUGGACUCGGGCUGCAGCCUGCCGAACCCCUGCGUGUCGAACUCGUGUCCCGCUCACAGCGACUGCAGCGACGACUGGGACGCACAUUCAUGCAGAUGCCACACCGGUUACUACGGCAACAACUGCAGCGACGCCUGCGCUCUGAACCCCUGCGAGCACCAAUCAGCAUGCAGCAGGAAGUCAAGCUCCGCCCACGGAUACACGUGUAACUGUCCCAGCAGCUACUUCGGCCAGUACUGCGAGAAAAAGACGGAUCUGCCGUGUCCACGCGGAUGGUGGGGCGAUAAGUCAUGUGGUCCGUGUAACUGUGACACGGCUAAAGGAUUCGACGCCGACUGUAACAAGACCAGCGGCGCGUGUCGCUGCAAGGACAAUCACUACCGGCCUGUGUCGAGCGCGGCGUGUCUGCUGUGCGACUGUUACGCGGUGGGCUCGUUCUCGCGCGCGUGUGACCGGGACAGCGGUCAGUGUCCGUGUAAGCCGGGCGUCAUCGGUCGUCAGUGUGACCGCUGUGAUAACCCGUUCGCUGAGGUCUCGUCCAGCGGCUGUGAAGUGAUCUACGACAGCUGUCCGCAGGCCAUCGAAGCGGGAAUCUGGUGGCCGCGAACCAAGUUCGGUUUACCGGCGGCCGUCUCGUGUCCGAAAGGAUCCAUCGGAACUGCGAUUCGUCACUGCGACGAGCACAAGGGCUGGCUGUCGCCGAACCUCUUCAACUGCACAUCUGUGAGCUUCAGUAAACUUAAGACACUGUCGGAGCGUUUGGCGCGCAACACGUCUUUGAUGGACUCCGGUAACGUCCAGCAGACGGCGGCGUUGCUGAGUAACGCUACGAAGGACACGAGACAGUUCUACGGCAGCGACGUGAAGAUCGCGUAUCACCUGACGCGUGCAAUACUGCAGCACGAGAGCAGCCAACAGGGCUUUAACCUCACCGCCACACAGGACGUCCUGUUCAAUGAGCACCUGAUGCACGUGGGCAGCGCUAUCCUGUCGGCGGACACGCGCGGACAUUGGGAACUCAUCCAGCAGACGGACGGCGGGACGGCCACGCUCCUGCGACAGUUUGAGGAAUAUACGAACACGCUCGCGCAGAACAUGAGGAAGACCUACCUGAGCCCCUUCACCAUCGUCACGCCCAACAUCGUCAUCUCCAUCGAUCGCUUGGAGAAGAUGAAUUUCGCCGGCGCUAAACUGCCGCGUUAUGAGUCUCUGCGCGGGCCACGCCCACUCGACCUGGAGACGGCCGUCACUCUUCCCGACUCCGUCUUCAUCCCCGCCCCCGAAGGCAAAGGUCAGCGGCACCACAGCGAGCCAAUCGCGGAGUCCGGCGGAAACCACACGGCCAGUCGGAAGAAACGGCACCCGGACGAGCGUGAGCAGGACGCCAUUGCCAGCGUCAUCAUCUUCCACAGUCUAGCAGCACUGCUGCCGGAGCGAUACGACACCGACAAGAGGAGCCUCAGGGUUCCCAAGCGUCCGGUCAUCAACACUCCAGUGGUCAGUAUAACGGUUCAUGAUAACGAGGAGCUGCUGCAGCACACGCUGGAUAAACCCAUCACGGUGCAGUUCCGCCUGGUGACCACUGAGGAGCGCUCUAAACCCAUCUGUGUGUUCUGGAACCACUCCAUAAUUGCUGGCGGUCCGGGCGGCUGGUCUUCGAAGGGUUGUGAGGUGGUCUUCAGGAACAGCACACACAUCAGCUGCCAGUGCUACCACAUGACCAGCUUCGCUGUGCUCAUGGACAUCUCACGCCGAGAGAACGGAGAGAUCCUGCCGGUGAAGCUGAUCACGUGGAGUUCGGUGGGUGUGACUCUGGGCUUCCUCUUCCUCACCAUCGUCUUCCUCACCUGUCUGCGUGCCGCGAGCAGCAACAAGACCAGCAUCGUCAAAAACGGCGCGUCCGCGCUCUUCAUCGCGCACCUCAUCUUCAUCCUGGGCAUCAGUCAGGCGGAUAACCCGUUCCUGUGUACGGUGAUGGCCAUCCUGCUGCACUUCUUCUGGCUGUGCGUGUUCUCCUGGCUCUUCCUGGAGGGUCUGCACGUCUACCGCAUGCUGAGCGAGCUGCGCGACAUCAACUACGGCCCCAUGAGGUUCUACUAUCUGAUCGGGUGGGGCGUCCCGGCCUUCAUCACGGGUCUGGCGGUGGGACUGGAUCCCGAGGGCUACGGGAACCCGGACUUCUGCUGGCUCUCGCUCUACGACACCCUCAUAUGGAGUUUCGCGGGUCCCAUUGCGUUUGUGGUGUCGAUGAACGUGUUCCUGUACAUCAUGGCGUCGAAAGCGUCAUGUUCACUCAAGCAGAAGAGCUGUGAGAAGAGAGACGUGCCGGCGGCGGGUCUGCGGACGGCGUGUGCCGUGUUGUUCCUGGUGACGGUGACGUGUCUGCUGGCGCUGCUGUCGGUCAACAGCGACAUGAUUCUCUUCCACUAUCUGUUCGCCGGAUUCUGCUGCGUUCAGGGGCCGUUUAUUUUCUUCUUCCGUGUGGUGUUUAAUAAAGAAGCGAGAGACGCCAUGCGCUACUGCUGCAGCAAGAAACGACCCGAUCACAUGAUCAAAUCCAAACCGUCCGCGUUUAUCUGUAACAGUAAUUUUGUGGAUGGGCGUCUGUACCAUCUGCCGUUCGCCGAGUCGAGUGUGUCUCUGAACGGAACCCAGAGCAGCAAAACCCAUCAGAACUACAUGCCCUUCAGCCUCCGAGGAGACGAGCUAAACAGCAGUCACCUGAGUCUGAGUGAACACAACACACUGUUCAAAGACAAAGAGCAAAGAGCAGAUACCGACUCAGACUCUGACAGCGAUCUCUCGGAGCUGGAGGACGAUCAGAGCGGCUCGUACGCGUCCACGCACUCGUCCGACAGCGAGGAAGACGAGGGCGAGUUCCCGCAGGAGGAAUGCUGGGAGAAUCUGGCCACCAGCGGCUCCAACAAACCUCACGACGCAUGGGAGGGUGAGACAGGAGCAGCAGACGAGCGUCUUAAGGUGCAGACGCUGUCCAAACCUGAGGACAGAGCAGAGGAUCAUGGGAUGGAAAACCUGCUGCUGCUGCUGCCCAGUUUACCAAACACCAGCACACAGCCGCACAAAGGAAUCCUCAAGAAGAAGCAGCUGUCGCCCAUCGCCGAGAGAAACGCCAUCAACCGCAUACACAACCAGCUCUCUGGAGACUCCGCCUCCUCACGGGGCCCCUCCUCCAACGAGGGCAGAGGGGGCGGGGCUAGGCUGGGACAUCUUAAUGGGGCGUCCACGAGCGGACUGACGAAAAUGCUCGACAACGACUCGUCCGAAUCUGAGUAA